UGUCCACCUGGUUAUGAAAACAAUAUAAAAAAUUUGUUAUAUUGAACUUCUAGUUCUAGCUUUAAAUUAAAUUGCACUCUUAAAUUAUAUAGACUGUCUGAUAUGAAUUGAAGCAUUUGAUGCAAACUUAGGAUUUUCCUGAAAUGGAUUUUAAUGUGGAGAAUGUUGAAAAAGCAGUGAAUUUGUUUUAUAAUUCUGAUUCAUAUGAGCAAAAACAUGUACAUGAAUGGCUAAAUAAUCUACAAAAUUCACCACAAGCAUGGUCUAUCGUAUGGGAUAUUUUAAGUACUUCCAGGUCUUCCCAAAUACAUUUCUUUGCUGCUUCAACCCUUCACAUAAAAUUAAUGAGAAAUUGGGAUGAAAUACCAGAAAGUGAAUAUGAAAAUUUCAAGGAAAAUAUGUUGAAAUUAAUUGUUAAGUUUGCAAUAGGUCCCAAAAUUGUUUUAAAUCGAUUAUGUAUAGCAUUUGCAUCAUUCAUUAUCCAUACAAUAGCAUCAUUUUGGAAAAAUGCUUUUGAAGAUUUAGUUUGUAGUUUUCAACCACAAAAUUUACCACAACUUGAGCCUCAUAGGGUUAUAUGCAUUCUCCUGGAAAUAUUGAAUGUAAUCCCAGAAGAAUAUAAAACCACACCAUUGCCAGCCCAAAUCAGAAAAGACACCCUUACUGCUUUGAGCUCCUCAGAUAGAAAUAUAAAUAAAUUUUGUCUGAUGUGUAUACAGCCUUCUCCUAAUGCAGGUUUCAGAUUCAUCAUUGCAAAUACAACCAUGUAUUUAUGGGCAGCACGUUGUAUCUAUAAUUGGAUUCAAAUGGGUCCAUUGAAUGUUGAGGAAUGUCAAACUGUUUCUGAAGUAUUGACAGAUCUCAUAUGUUUUAUAUACUGGAAUAGAAGUAAUCCCGAAGGGUUCACAUCAGAUGAAUCAGAAUUGAUAGAAAUGUGCUCUGAUGUUUUCAUUGUGAUACUGCAGCGUCAUAAUGUUAAUAAACAUAGGAAUCUCAUUAUAAAAAUAUGUAUAGACUUUCUCUAUAAGUGUAGAAAAAUAUUAGAAGUUGAAAGUUCAAAAGACGAAUUUAAUGAGGAUAUGCUUCUUCAUUUGUAUAAUGUUAUAACAAAUCUAGCUGAUGGACAUACAAAGAUAUUUCUUAACAAUUUGUUAUCUGAGGACAAAGACGAACAAAAACUGAGCUGUGAUUUAUUCAAAUGCGUUUUAGAUUGUGUUAAUCUCCCAGGCGUGUACUCGGUACAUGAAAAUAUAAGCAAUUUGAGUUUUGGAACUUUAUAUACUAUACAGGAAGAAGUUACAAGUUUCGAAGUUUCUGGCUAUGCUAAACUUCUAAUUUUGAUUAAGCCAUUUUACCGUGAUUUGGUAUACAUAUUACUUAGGAAAGGGGAGUAUCCACUAAAUGAAACAAAUUGGUCUGAAGAUGACCGUGAUGCUUUCAGAUGUUAUAGAACAGAUAUAAGUGACACUUUCCUUUAUUGUUACAAUGUAUUGAAUUUGGAACUACUCGAUAUGCUGUAUACGAGAUUAGUAGAAAUUCUUAAGAAGAAUGAUUAUAAAUGGAAUGAGCUAGAAGCUUGUCUACAUGCCGUUGCGUCGGUUGCAGAAUGCACAGAAACUGAACAUUUAUACUUACCAAAGUUGAUGGUUACCAUAAAAGAUUUACCUUUUGAUACAUUGAACAACAAAGUUUUAGCUACUGCUAUAACAGCUAUAGGCAAUUAUAGCGGACUUAUAUCGGAAAAUCGAGAGGUUUUGGAAUAUACACUUCCAUUGGUUAUAAAAGCUUUAGAAAAUCCUGACAUUUCGUUAACCGCAACAAUGGCACUCAAAGAUAUCACUAAUGCUUGUCAAAAAUACAUGCUUCCAUACUCUGAACCGAUACUGAAUCAAAUACAGAAAGUUUUGACCAUGGGAAAUUUGAAAAUGCCUGCAAAUAGACGUCUCUUUGCUUGUAUGGGAAGAGUAUUAUCAGUUUUGCCAUUCUCUAAAGCUAUGAAUUAUUUGAAUAUUGUACUGGCACCUUAUUUUGAAGAAUUUCACAAAGAAUUAUUGGAAGUUGAUCCAUCAUCGGCUAGAAUAUCCAUAAUAACUAAAUUGAAGAUUCUUGGCGCAUUAUAUGCAUCUAUGGCCGUAUUAGAAGAAAAUGAGAAAAUAGAAGAGCCACAACCUUUGCUGGUAAUAAUGCAAAAUACCAUGCAAGUAUAUGAAGUUAUUGGUGAGAAGUACUGCAAGGAUUUGGCUGUUAUAGAGGAGCUCUCAAUAGUACUAAAAAGUGCAAUCACAUCUUUAAUGGAUGUUGCGAAACCGCUAGUGACUGAUGUAUUAAAAAUUGUCAUAGCAAUUUUCAAGUUAAAUCCUCAAAACUCAGUAUUGUUGGUUGCAAAAGCAAUAUUCAUCAUUUUUUGUAAAGAUCAAGAUCUAAAUUCAAUGAUUCACCAGUCUUUUGCUGCAAUUGUACAUACCACGUUAGAAAUGUGCUCACAAUAUCAAAAUGAAAAUUCAUUAUCAGAAAAAGCAGAUGUACUGGAAGGAUUCUUUUUGUUGUUAUCCUCAUUGAUUAAGAAACUACCUCAAUUUAUUUUUUUUGGAGGUGUUAUAAACCCUGUUUCAAUUUUUCAGUGUGGAAUAAUGGCAUUAGUUCUACCAGAGCAACAACUCCUAAGGGCUUGUUCUAGUUUCCUUUCAAAUAUGAUUAUCCAGAGUGUAGACUGUGGAAACGUUCAAAUUAUUGAUAGUAUUGGAGAGAGUUUAAUACUGAGGAUGUUAAUAAGUAUAGGAACAACAACUCCCAGGCAAAACAUUACCUACUUCGCAGAAAUAUUCCAAGCUUUGAAUAAAAAAUGCUGUCCAAAUCUUCAUAAAUGGUUAUAUCAAUUUUUAAGUCAAGAAAAUUUUCCUUCCAACAAACUAUCUUCUAAGGAUAAAGAGAAAUUUAUAAAUCUAGUGAUUACACCCUCAAUGAGUAAAAAGAAGAUGACUGACAUUUUACUUGAAUUCAGUUUGAUAAGCAAAGGAAUCAUAACAAGUGAUACCGUUAGGAGUUUUGACUGAAACCUCUUUCUCCAAGGGAAUCAGUAUUCCAUCAUCAUCAUCCAUAUAUCCAUAAUAGUCUGCAUCGAUGUCUUUCAUAAGUUCAGCCCUAGUUUUUCUUGGCGGAGGAGGAGGUUCCUGCUCAAAUAAUUCUCUAACACCUACCAGGAAGCAAAGUAUUUUAUUUCAAGUGUUACUUGAUAUAAUUAGGGAGUCAAUUGUUGUAGGAUUUGUUUUAGCCGGCAAUUUUUAUAUUGCAAUAAUAAAAUCAAAUAACUUUCAUGGAUUUUUCUAUCUUAUCUAACUAGUAUUUUAUUUAUGUGCAUAUAUUUUCGAAGAUGUAUAUUUGGAACAUGUGAUAACAAACCAAAUAAUAUUUUUUCAUCCAA